AUGGCUACUCCAGAUCUAUUAAGAAGUAUUCAAGAUAAUCGUAUUGAUAAAGUUAUUCCAGAAUCCGUUUAUGACUCCAAUUUAAAAAAGAUAUCUAUGGAAGAGUUGAGAAGAUCUGACCCUGACCAAAUUACUGAUCUUGGUGUAACAGAUCCUUUCCCUCUUUUCACUAAUGAAGCUAUUUCAUUAAUGAGGCAAGAAUUUUUGAAUCGAGAUAUCUUCUUGAAAUAUACAAGAUACUCAUAUAACUCAACAAGUGGAUUGGAUGCCAAUUUAAGAGGGUACGUUAAGGAUAUGGAUACUAUAAAUUGUCCCUUUAUUCAUAGUGCUUGGAACCAUCCUUUGACCAUAGAUUUGAUUAAUAAAAUGGCAGGAGUUGAAUUAGAAAUAAUUUAUGAUUAUGAGAUUGCAAUUGUGAAUCUUUCAAUGAAAAGCGAAGAACAGGCUGCAGAAGAAAGAAUCAGAUUCGCUAGGGAACAAUCUUUGAGUGGUGUAAGUAAUGGUGAAGAUAUUCCGGCUGUUGUUGGUUGGCAUUAUGACUCACAGCCACUUGUCUGUGUUCUUAUGCUAUCAGAUACAACUAAUAUGAUUGGUGGUGAAACUUGUUUAAGAAAAGGGUUAAGAGAAGGUGAAACCACUGAAGAAGUUAUACCAGUUCCGGGUCCCUCUCGUGGUAAUGCCUGUAUUUUACAAGGUAGGUUUAUUGAACAUAUUGCACCUAAACCUUUAGGUUCAAGCGAGAGAAUGACCAUGAUUACUUCGUAUAGACCUAAAAACCCAUUAACAGUAGAAACUGCUAUCUUGAAGACUGUUAAGCCAGAGAUUAAUUGGAGUUCUAGGUACUCUGAUUAUUAUGCUGAAUGGGUUGACUACAGGAGUGAAAUUAUCAAGAAAAGAUUGGAUCAUCUAAACAGCACCAUAAAAACUCGUAGAGUUAACCACAAAUUUGAUAAGGAAGCUGUGAUGGACAAUUUGAGAGAAAUUUCCAAGUAUCUCAGCAAGACUUAUGAGGAAAUGGAAGUGCCGGACGAAGAAUGGAGAAAAAUAAUUCAGAAUAACAAUCGAAAGUAG